AUCAUUUCCCUUCCUCAACGAUCGCACGCUUGAUUCUUAGUUCACGUUCAUUCUUUCAAAGAUACCAUCCAAGUGCUCUCUCUGGUUUUAGAGCUCCAAAUAUACAUACCUUGCCGAAUUCUUGAAAUACCUAUUUCUCCCUUACAUUUCUUUUAAUCAUAAUACUUUUAUCUUGGCCUGUUGAGCUUACGCCUGUGCGCCACCAUGUCAUCCCGUCCUCAGAAUAUUGGUAUCAAGGCCCUUGAGGUCUAUUUCCCCAGUCAGUGCGUCGACCAGGCCGAACUUGAAAAGUUCGAUGGAGUCAGCCAGGGGAAGUACACCAUUGGCUUAGGCCAGACGAAAAUGAGCUUCUGUGAUGACAGAGAAGAUAUUUACUCCAUGACUCUCACAACCCUCUCGUCGCUUCUCAGCAAGUAUAGCAUUGACCCGAUGUCAAUUGGCCGCCUCGAAGUGGGAACUGAGACUAUUCUUGACAAGUCCAAGUCCGUGAAGUCGGUUUUGAUGCAGUUGUUUGCCCCGUCUGGUAAUACAAACAUUGAGGGCGUGGAUACCGUCAAUGCUUGCUAUGGUGGUACUAAUGCUCUCUUCAACUCGAUCAACUGGAUCGAGUCGUCCGCGUGGGAUGGAAGAGAUGCUAUCGUAGUAGCCGGAGACAUCGCCCUUUAUAAGAAGGGCAAUGCUCGUCCUACUGGCGGUGCUGGUUGCGUUGCCAUGCUCAUUGGUCCCGAUGCCCCAAUCGUUUUCGACAGCGGUUUGCGCGGCACUUACAUCACUCACGCUUAUGAUUUCUAUAAGCCAGAUUUAACAAGUGAAUACCCAUAUGUUGAUGGCCAUUUCUCCAUUAAAUGCUAUACUCAAGCCGUCGACGCUUGCUACAAAGCGUACAAUGCUAGAGAAAAGGCCUUAGCCCCGACUGUCAACGGAGUAGCGAAAGCACCCGAUGACGAGUCGAAAACUCCUCUUGAUCGUUUUGAUCAUAUGGUUUUCCAUGCUCCAACCUGCAAACUUGUCUCGAAGUCCUAUGGCAGACUCCUAUACAACGAUUUCCUGGCCAACCCGAGCCAUCCUGCCUUUGCCGAAGUCCCAGCCGAACUCCGCGACCUUGACUACGAUAAAUCCCUAUCCGACAAGAGUGUCGAAAAGACUUUUAUGGCCCUCACCAAGAAGCGAUUCACUGAGCGGGUCCAGCCUUCCAUUCAAGUUGCCACCAUGUGCGGUAACAUGUACUGUGCUAGCGUGUAUGGAGGCUUAGCUAGCUUGCUGUGCAAUGGCACAUUCGACCCUGCUAAACCCAAGCGAGUUGGAAUUUUCAGCUACGGUAGUGGCCUUGCCAGCUCCAUGUUCAGCAUCAAGAUCGUUGGCGAUGUUUCAGGAAUCGUUCAGAAGCUGGAUCUGCAGAAGCGCAUUGAUGCCAGACGAGUUGUUCCGCCAGAAGUUUAUGACGAGAUGUGUCUCUUACGCGAGAGAGCUCACUUGAAAAAGGACUUCAUUCCUGUCGGCAGCAUCGAUUACCUUGUUCCAGGAACCUACUAUCUGACCAAGGUUGACGACAUGUUCCGGAGAGAAUACGCGGUCAAAGCAUAAGUUUUCUUUACGGGGCGUUGUCAAUCCGGGCAAUCUGGCGAUCGCCCCUACGUCUAAACUCGUUUAUAUUUACUUCCUUUUCUAACACCGUCAGUUACAUAAUGGGUCAUUGCGCGUGCCAGGUACCUAGACGCUGGGGCAUAUAGACUUGUUGGAAAAGAAAUUCAUUUCAUAUUUUUUAUGCUGGGAAAUACUGAUAAUGGCCUUCUUUUAAUACGAUUAUGCGGUUUUAAUUUAUGCCUAUGUGCUAGAUGGAACGGGAUAGGAUGGGAUUGCGGGAAACUAAAUCAGCUAGGAAAGAAUCAG